AAUAAAGAAAAUACGAAGGAGGAGAUUGAAGGAAAAAAAGGAAAGAAGGGAAGGAAGAGUUGAAAGGAAACGAAGAUAUAAGAUUUGAAGGCAGAAAGAAAUACGGAAAGAAAAAAAGGAAGAGCAAAUAGAAGAUACGGAGGAGAGGAAAAGGAAGAAAAUGGGAAAACUUUAAAAUGAAGAUGUGAAAUAAAAAGACAGAAAUAAAUACUAAAAGAAGAAAAAGAAGAAUAUACAGAAGGAAACAAGAAAGCAGGAAGGAAAGUAACAGAAAACAGUAUAAGAAGACAACAUAAAGUGAAGACACGAAUGAAGAAAUAAGAAAACAAGAAAGGGAAAAAGAAGAAAAAAAAGAAUAAACAAGAAGACAUAGAAAAAAGGAAACAAGAAGGAAGGAAAGAAGUCGCAAAAGACAAUAAAAGAAGACAAUUUAAAGCGAAGACAAGAGAGGAAUAUAUAUGAAGAAAUAAAGAAAAUACAGAGUCAAACACGGAAGAAAGGAAAAGAAGAAAAACCUAAGCGUAGUUAGUGAAGAAAGGAAGAAAGGAAGAGAAGAAAGAAAUACGCAACAAGAUAUUUCCAACCAUUAACUACUACUACUACCACCACCACCACUACUACUACUACUACUACUACUACUACUACCACCACCACUACUACUACUACUACUACUACUACUACUACUACUUGAGGAUGAACUACUACUACCUUUUGCUACUUCUGCUACUUCCUCGUUUAUCCCGUACACACAAGGUGGGGGUUGCCCGCUUUCAGAUUGGCAACGUCACCACCACCAACAGUCUCCUGGAUGCUGGGGAGGGCGCGCUGCCUUCUCUCCGUCAGGUGACUCUCCUGACCCACCUGCGGCUCCGAAGACUCACCUCCCAUGUGCCUAUUCUCAGCUACGCCGUCAAUGACUCCUUCGACGAGCUCUUUGUGGAGUUGGUCCCCAAGAAGAACGACAUCCACGUGAAGUGUUGCCGCGGCCUCGUCUCCGGUGUGUUCCACUUUGUGUUGCGCAAGUUCACCUGGCAACACCUGUGCGUCGCCUUGGACCUGGAGGCCGGGGUGUUGCGCGUCUUCUUUGACAAUAUGGAAUACACGCACAGUCUAAAAGAGGCGCAGGAGGAGGCGGCGAGGGAGGGGCGGCAGCUGGAGGUGCGGGGAGGGGGGCGCCUGGUGGUGGGACAGAAACUCUACUCCCUCGGCGGGGACUUCAUGCUUCUGGAGACGCUGGACGGCGAGGCGGGGGACUGGCGAUUAUUCGACCUUGCCCUUCCCCCGGACACCAUGCGCUCUUUGAUCCAGUGCCGCGUUGUCCCUGGCCUCCCGAACCCAAUCAUUGACCUUCUCACUGGGCACUUCGAGGUCGUUGGUGAUGCCACAACCUACAACACUACAGUUACAGACAUGUGCGACGAUGGGGACGACGGUUUCUAUCUGUUCUUCCCUCAGCGAAUGUCGUACUCGAACGCGAAGUCGUGGUGCAAGAAGAUCAAAGGAAAUGUUGUUUUGCCUCGGGAUGCGGACACCAACGCCUUCCUAGUGGACACCUUCUUGGGAUACCGGGACACCUGCGCUCAGAUCUGGACGCAUCUCUUCUGGAUCGGGUCUGAGGGGGAUGUGGACCAGGGAACGUGGAAGGAGGCGGAGCUGGGGGAUGACGACGAAGGGGAUGUGCUGGGGUUCGCGCCCUUCCUGCAGGAGUACGACACUGUGCAGCCUGAGGUGAAGUGUGUCGCGGCCGUGUCCCAUAACAGGUACCGAUGGGCCGCCAGUCCGUGCGAUAUGGAGACCUGCGUGUUGUGUGCCUUCGCCUCCUACCACGAGCUUCGCCUCCACGGACUCUGCCGCGACUCCUCCUUCGAUCGACUCUUCUCCUUCCGCGACAGCCGCACCUACGACCUGGUCUUCGACGGGGUCUCGCACGUGGUGAUGGAGGAGCAGGGCGGCACGUGGGUCAUGCGCAGCCGCCUCUACCCCAACCUUAGGGCCGAGAUGCUCUCCCAGUGGGCCGGCCAGUACCCUGUGGGCGUGCAUUCCUGGCGCGUGGAGGGAGACAGGUGCAGGGAGAAGGAGGUGACACUCCUCCUGACGUCCUGCAGCGACAAAGAGUACACGUGUGACGACGGGUCCUGCGUCUCCACGACCGACCGCUGCGACCUUUACGUUGACUGUCCCGACCAAAGCGAUGAGACAAACUGCUCGGUCGUACUCCUUCCCCCCGGCUACUCCCCCUCUCUGCCCCCUCCCCCGCCCUCCUCCCGCCCCCUCCCCAUCGCCCUCAGCCUCACCAUCACAUCCGUCAGGGAGUUCGACCUGUCUUCGUUCAGCAUUAGUGUGGACGCCCAUCUCCGCCUCUCGUGGAAGGAUUUUCGCCUCCGGUUCAGCAAUCUCGUGGCCGACUACCGCGCCAACAAACUCAAGGACUCCAGUGAGGUGUGGGUGCCGAGUCUAGUUCUGCAGGACGGAACACGCAGCACAGUGGACGCUAAGGUGCACUCACAAGCCACCUAUGUUCUGCGCAAGUCUGGACCUUUACCUGAUGACGACACCACCCUCAGGAAAGACGUCAUGUACAGCGGGGGCCAGAACCCUCUGCUUCUGCGCAAGGAGCUCACUCUCACCUUCAAGUGCCACUUCCACCUGCAGAUGUACCCCUUCGACCUGCAGGAGUGCCUCGUGGCCCUCGCCCUCAAGGAUGUCACACAGAACGUCGGCAUCCUCGUCAGGGACGGCCCCGGGGUGAGCUUCGAGGGCGCCAGACACCUGCUGGAGUACACGGUCUUGGGGGAGGAGUUUGCGGAGUAUUCGGUGCAUAAUGUGAGCCACGUCAAGGUGGUGCUCAAUUUCCACAACCAGUUCAGUUAUUACAUCGCCAACACCUUCCUGCCCAGCCUCAUCCAGGUGAUCAUCGGCAUUUCAACGCUGAGGUUCGAUAUUGCCGACUUCCAGGACCGCAUCAUGGUAUCCCUCACGUCCCUCCUCGUCCUGGCCACCUUCUUCACGCAGACGAGCCAGAGCAUCCCAAGAACCUCCUACCUCAAGCUGAUCGACGUGUGGUUUGUGGCGCUCAUCUUCCUCGACUUCACCAUCAUCAUGUCCCUCGUCUGCGUGGAAACCUUGCGCCUCAGAACCAAGCACCCCAUCGGAGGCUACUUCGCGGCCGUGGCUCCUCUCGCCCCGCCUUCGUCAGGGUGUUUCACCUCCUGCAAGAGAUCCCUGGGGAGGAGGUCGAGGAAGGCGUCUUACAUGAUGUCCCUCAGCCGUCCGGAAGAAGUGAAUUCGAUCCUCUUCCGCCUGUUUUCGUGGUCCGUGGUGCUGGUGGUCGGGGUCUUUGUGUGUGUGUGUAUGUAUGGGGUUUUGGAUGAGCACUAGAAGGGAGGAUGAGGAAGAGGGGAAAGGAAGAGAAAGAAGGAAAGAGAGGAUGAAGGAAGAAGAAGAUGAGGAAGAGGGGAAAGGAAGAGAAAGAAGGAAAGGGAGAAUGAAGGA